GUAGAGGGGGACAAAGCCGCAUGAGGGGCCCCACCCGUGGAUAUCACAUCGUUAUGAUCGUCAGUCGUCAAUACACUCUUUAAAUUGUUCUAUCAACGAUUAUUCUGCGCAAUUACGACUGUCAUAUUGUUUUCUAAGUGUAUAUAUUAGUUACAUGUAAAUUAUGGCCACUCCAAUUAGUAGUACUGGUAAUGGUUAUAAUUUCAAAGUCGUGUUACUCGGCGAAGGAUGUGUCGGAAAAACCUCUGUUGCAUUACGAUACGUUGAAAACAAAUUUAACGAUAGACAUAUCAGUACAUUACAGGCUUCUUUUUUAAAUAAAAAGUUGACUGUACACGGAAAAAAAGUAAACCUGGCGAUAUGGGAUACAGCUGGUCAAGAAAAAUUUCAUGCAUUGGGGCCAAUUUAUUACAGAAUGUCAAAUGGUGCCAUUAUAGUUUACGAUGUUACUGAUUACGAUACAUUUCAGAGGGUAAUAAAUUGGGUUACAGAGCUUAGGAAAAUGUUAGGCAGUGGAAUCUGUUUAGCAAUUGCCGGAAAUAAAAUAGAUCUUGAAAAGGAUAGACGUGUUUGUACCGAAGAAGCAGAAGAGUUUGCUAAUAAAACUGGAGCUAUGCACUUUCAUAUUUCUGCCAAACUAAGUGAAAAUAUUGAAGAAAUGUUUUUUCAAUUAACGCUGCGCAUGAUAGAACAUGCAGAUCUGAUGGAACAAAAGUCUACAUUAACAAGAACAAGUAGUACACGUCGCAAUGUUGUUGUAGUUGAAGAUGAAGCUGAAGAAACUGAACGAACUAAGAGUUCCUGUUGUAGUGGUUCUUCGCACGCAUCUUAAUUCUAAAUAUCUGUAUUACAAUUGGUUCUAAUUUUGAACAAGUCUUAUAUAUAAAAGUGUGUGUAUGUAGAUAUACAUGCAUGUAUGUAUAUGUACAUACACAUAUUGAUAAACCACACAUAUAUAUACCACAAAAUUUUUAAUAUUUUAUUUUUUAAGGAACAAAAAAUAAAAUAGAUAUAAACUACUAAGCCUAAGUAAUUUAACUGAGUGUAAGGUAAGAAAUAUUGAUUAUAUUUUGGGAGUUGAUUUUUUAUGUAUUUCGAUAUUCAAUUACAUUGAUAGAGCCUCAGUUGACUCAUGAACCAAAUAUCUUGUUAUCCACAUAUAUCAUAUAGCUAGAAGAUUUAUUACAAUUAUUAGAUGUAUGUAUUUCUGUCAUAUAAAUGUAUAUAUAUUUAAAUACUAUUAUGUUUUAAUAAAAAGUUAAUUAACAUAUACACGUA